CCGCUCCUCAUCCGGGCACUUUCUCCUCAUCCUGGUCCCUCGCAGUCCCCGGACCGCAAACAGGAACAGGCGGACGAUGAGUUCAGCAGCAGAGGACGAGGAGGCUGCAGCGCUAGAGACCGUGAAGUCGCUCACUCUCACUCAGGACAGCGAUGGAAGCAUCAUCCUGCACUGCCCCCCCCACGACGAGGACUCGGAGCCUCUUCAGAAGAAACUGCGUCUCUCUGCUGAAGAACACGACGACUCGGACGCUCCUCAGUUCUCUGUGGUCACUUUACCCAUGUCGGAGAGCGAUGAAGGCUUCGAGGUGACGAUGACGGCCACAGCGGACGGAGAUCUCUCUGAGGAAGGAGUCGCUCAGAUCCAGAUUCUGCAGGAGGAUGAGGACUCUCUCUCGCCCAAUCAGAAGUCAGAGGUGUCACCUGUCAGUCAGGCCUGGUUCACCACCAAAGAAGACAAAGACACGCUGGCUAACAAAGGUCACAAGUGGAAACAGGGCAUGUGGUCUAAAGAGGAGAUCGACAUCCUGAUGAGCAACAUCGAUCAAUACGUGAAGGGCCGAGGCAUCGACAACCCGGCGGAGAUCAUCUUUGAGAUGUCCAAAGAGGAGAGGAAGGACUUCUACCGCUCCGUGGCGUUGGGAUUAAACCGGCCGCUGUUCGCCGUCUACAGACGAGUUCUCCGGAUGUACGACAACCGGAACCACGUCGGGAAGUAUACUCCUGAUGAGAUAGAGAAGCUAAAAGCGUUGAGGGAGAAACACGGGAACGACUGGGCGACCAUCGGAGCAGCUCUGGGUCGAAGCGCCUCUUCUGUCAAAGACCGCUGUAGACUGAUGAAGGACACCUGCAACACAGGUAAAUGGAGUGAGGAGGAGGAGCGACGUCUCGCCGAGGUCGUGUACGAGAUGGCGGGCGCGUCGCCGGGUUCGGCGGACGGGGGCGUUUCCUGGGCGACGGUCGCCGAUCAGGUUCGAACGCGCUCAGAGAAACAGUGUCGGUCGAAGUGGUUGAACUACCUGAACUGGAAACACAGCGGAGGAACGGAGUGGAUGAAGGAGGACGACGUCAACCUCAUACGCAGGAUAUCGGAGCUGGAGGUGGAGGAUGAGAAUGAAAUCAAGUGGGAGGAUCUUGCGGGCGGGUGGAGCAGCGUCCGGUCGCCUCAGUGGCUUCGAUCCAAGUGGUGGAGCAUCAAGAGACAAGUAGCCAAUCACAAGGAGAUCCCAUUCAACGUCCUCCUGAAGGGUCUCCAUGAGCUCAUGGCGUCCUCACAGACGGCGUCCGGUCCGGGGAGUCCCUCCUCUUCCUCCUCCUCCUCGCUCCAGAUCCGACUUACCCGAUUGGAGGAUAGCGGCGGCGUCGGUGGAAGCCCCGCCCCCAGCUCUGUGGCGGCGGCGCUGCAGAUUCCCGUACAGAUCCCGCUGCAGAUCACACAUCUUGCUUCAGAUUCUUCAGCAGCAGCCAGCGACAGUGACACCAUCACUCUGAACACCGGAGGCCUGCAGACCUUCGAGAUCCUCCCUUCGUUCCACCUGCAGCCCACCGGCACCCCGGGGACCUAUUACCUCCAGACGACGUCCAAUCAGGGCCUGCCGCUCAGCCUCUCCGCCAGCCAGGGCAUCCCACUCAGCUUAGCCAAUAACAGCACGGUUACCCUGACGACGGGCUCCUCCCCCUCGUCCCACGAGCACAUCAUCCUCCACAGCCUGUCGACGGACGGCCUCUGCUCCGGCGACGGCGUCAUCAUCCAGACGGUCACCUCUGACCCCGCCUCCUCUGACCCUCUUGGCCAAUCACAGCUGGUCAUUGAGACAGAGGGGCGGAGCCAGGAAGACCGCCUCGAUGCCACGAGUCUCCUGGAGGGGACGGAGAACGUAGUCACGGAAGCUCAGGAGCCAAUGACAGACGGCUUCACCGACAAGGAGCUGAGCUCACCGUCUGUUGAGGCUCGAGUGGUGCAUUCUGGGAUAACAUCUGGCAGCGCCGUGCUGAUUGUUUCUCCUCCCAACAUCAGCAGCACACUGACAGAUCCGAUUCUGGAGAACCAGGACGGCUCAGACUGAGCUGGACCUCCAUCGUGGACUAACAGGAUGAUGUCACUUCCUGUUUCUCCGUGUUGAACCUGCUGCUACUUUAAACCACCAGGACGUGAACGUUGAAAACAGACUCGUCGUGGUUGUGACUGAAACUGAACGGUGUGUUUGAAGCUUCACACUGAACCCCUGAUGAAAUGUGAACGCCAAAGAGACUCUGGACUCAACUGACCCUCGACCUAUAACUUAAACACAUGUAUAUAUAUAAAUAAAUAAAUAAACAU